GGUUUAAUUGUCGGUUUGAUUUUUGUUUUGUUUUGUUUUAAGUUUUAACCGAACCGAAUUAUAGAUAUGUUUGAUUCUUUAAUGGCUAAAUUAAGACGGCAAAAUCAGAGAAAGUUGAGGAGCACCUUUCUUCUUGUUAUGUAAGAUAAGUCACGGAAUUGAAUGGCUCAUGCAAAACUAUUAUAAAUUCUGAACAUUACAAAUAUAAAUAUCGCCUACAAAAAAGAAACCGGUUUGAGAAUAAAAGAUGAGCCAAGAACAACUAGAGAAACUUAUAGAUUGCGCUGACGGAAAAGGAGAGGCUGAAAAGGUUCCGGCGGCGGUUGGAGGUAUUAAUGCAGCCGAGGACAAAAAGAAAUGUGUUGUCGCCGAGGCCUCCGGUGAAAAGGUGGAGGGAGAAGUAAACAAGAAAAAGGUGGCUCCAGCAUCGGAAGGAACCAUAACGAUUGGAGAGGCUCUAGAGGCAGCGGUUCUCACAGCAGGUAAUAAGCCCGUUGAAUGGAGUGACGCAGCUGCCAUACAAGCAGCCGAGGUUAGAGCCACGGGACGGACCAACAUCAUGCCUGGCGGUGUUGCAGCCUCGGCUCAAUCAGCCGCCACUCUUAAUUCUCGGGUCACCUCCGAAGACGAAAAGACUACGCUCGCUGACGUUCUCACUGGCGCAAGUAGUAAAUUACCGUCGGACAAAGCAGCAACAAGAAAAGACGCAGAGGGAGUGACAGGCGCAGAGAUGAGGAACGAUCCUCAUCUCACUACUUAUCCAACCGGCGUGGCUGCCUCCGUCGCUGCUGCUGCUCGAAUUAAUCAGGCCAAGUGAUACCAUUCUUCUUUCUUGGUAUUGAGAAGUCAAGUUUAUAUAAACUGACUACAAUUUGUAUAUAUGCCGA